UAUAGAAUUGCGAGAUGAUUGUACCUUUUAUCAGUUCAGCUACAGUACAUUAGAUUAUGUUACCUGGCUAUAAAGUAUACACAAGUUUGAGUGUAAAAGCCAUUGCACUCCAAAAUGUGUAAUAAAUGUAAUGGUGUUACAGCUUCAUAAACUGCGUUACCAACAUUUUUCCAAGAACGUAUGACAUAACGUCUCAGCCUUGUAGAGGCACUCCUUAUAGACCCUGUUAAAUAACUCAACCUUUAAGCUCACCUUUGGCUUAUCAAAGUCCCUUUUGGAGGACGUGUGGAGGAGGAGGAGAAGCUGGAUAACUCUGGAGCAGCCACUUUACACUCUUGCUUUGGGAAGGCUAGCGAGUGAAGACUGGAGCUUUAUGAACAUGGCCGUGUACAAGCCAAAGGUGAUUUCUCUAACCAAGAGGCCGAAUCAGACAUUCGGCUUCUACUUGAGGGUGGAGCACGGCGAGGAUGGUCACCUGAUUCGCUGCUUGGAGAUGGGUGGUCCUGCUGAACUGUCAGGCAUGAAGGAUGGAGACCGAAUCCUCCGAGUGAAUGGCAAAUUUAUCGAUGGACUUUCCCAUUCUGAGGUGGUUGAGCUAGUGAGAAGCAGCGGGGCCACAGUCAACUUCCACAUUCUGGAUGAAGCUUCUUACAAGCAGGCGAAGAAUCAAGGAGUGAACCUGGGUGAGCCUCAUCUUACACCAGCAGUCAGCACUGUGGUCCAACAGCCUCUAAAACCCAGACUCUGCUACCUGGUCAAGUCAAGCUCCGGUUAUGGCUUCUCUCUUCGCUCGAUUAAAGGCGAGCAGGGCAUUUUGGUGACGGAGGUGGUGCCUGGCAGCACGUCAGACCGAGCAGGUGUCAAAGUCAACGACCGUCUUGUGGAAAUCAACGGGGAGAACGUAGAGAGUGCCGCGCACGAACAAGUGGUGGACAAGAUCAAGACAGCGGGCAACAGCCUCAUGUUCCUCCUGGUGGACGAGGCGGACAGGUACUACCAGAGCGUGCACAUGAAGAUAACUGCGCGCUUUGCAACUACCAAGUGUCUCCCUCAUCAUCCACGCAUCGUCCACCUCACCAAAGGGCCCGGCGGUUACGGCUUCCUGCUCAAAGAGGAGCCCAAUAUUGAAGGACACAUCAUUAGGGACGUAGACAGAGCGAGUCCAGCCGAGAGAGAAGGUCUCAGGGACAUGGAUAGGCUGGUGGCUGUGGACGGCCAGGAGGUGAACGGCUGUACUCAUGAACAGGUGGUGGACAUGAUCACUGGUGGCAACAAAUGCUGCCUCCUAGUGGUAAACAAGGACACUGACCUUAUGAAUAAAAUAUGCCUGUGUCCCACACAGGCUAAAGUGUCACCGAUGCUUUUCUGGGAGGAGGAGAAGGACUCUCUUUCCCCACCUAGUUACUCCGAGGCAAUCACCUUACCCGCCCUGGUUAAACCAUCCACACCUGCUCAGGAGGAGAAGGACAAGAAUGAGAAGCUCAAAACUAAAUUGUGUAAGAUGGAGAAGACAGCAGCUGGAUUUGGCUUCCACCUAAACGGCAUCCAGGGUGUGUUUGGCCAGUACAUUACAGAGGUGGUGAAGGGCGGAGUUGCCGACCAGGCCGGUCUGGAAAACGGCGACAUGGUGGUGGGAGGUCAAUGGAAGAAUGUGGAGAAGAGCCUCCACGAGGAUGUGGUUGCCAUGAUCCGCAGCAGUGGAAGCUCCCUCGAGCUGCUGGUGGUCCCAAAGAGCGUUUCCGAUGAAGUCAAGGGUAAAGGGGUUGCCAUCACACGGGACCUUGUGCAGGAGACGUCACAAGCGCAGGUUCACAACCAAGAGGAGGCGCAGCAAACUCCCACUAAAGAAAGGACCGCAUCAGUGUCUUCGUCUUGUCUCAAAGUAGUUUGGAUGACAGACUUUAAGAGGGGACAACACUAAAGCUGAAUUGAAACUGCUUUGCCUCGUUUACACCUGCUGGUCCCAAUAUUCGUACAUCUC